AUGGAUAACGGUAACUGUAAAUUUGAUGUUCAUAUAGCGGAAAUGUCUGUUCUGAAGAAGUCAUCUACGAUGCCCGCAGAUUCUACCAUUAUUAAAGGCUAUGAUUUUAAUGAAGGGAUUAAUUAUGAUGCUUUAUUGGACCAGUACAUGUCUACUGGUUUUCAAGCAUCACAUUUUGCUCAAGCUGUACAGCAAAUAAAUACAAUGUUAACAAUACGUGAAGAACAGUUUGAAGGUGAUCAUACAUUGCCGUAUCCAGAAGGGAAACAAAAAAGAGCAUGUACAAUAUUUCUUGGCUAUACAAGUAAUCUGGUCACUUCUGGUGUUCGAGAAAAUAUCCGAUACUUAGUUGAACAUGAUUUGGUGGAUUGCAUUGUAACGAGUGCUGGUGGUGUCGAAGAGGAUUUAAUCAAAUGUCUUGCACCCUCAUAUUUGGGUGCAUUUGAUCUUGAUGGGAAGACUUUACGUCACAAUGGAUUGAACAGAGCUGGUAAUAUUAUCAUACCGAACAAUAACUAUUGUCAAUUUGAGGAUUGGUUAAUGCCUAUCCUAGAUAGCUGUGAAUUGGAACAAAAAAAUAAUGAUUUCUCGUGGACUCCAUCGAAAUUGAUCGACAGGCUAGGUGCUGAAAUCAAUGAUAAACGAUCAAUUUGCUACUGGGCUCAUCGAAAUCGAAUUCCUGUUUUCAGUCCUGCAUUAACUGAUGGUUCAAUUGGUGAUAUGCUAUAUUUUCAUUCAUUCAGAAAUGGUGGAAUUAAGUUAGACAUCGUAGAGGACUUGCGUCAUAUCAAUACAAUGGCUGUACGAUCAAAUCGUACUGGCGUAAUACUUCUUGGUGGUGGUGUUAUGAAACAUCAUAUCAAUAAUGCUAAUCUUAUGCGAAAUGGUUCUGAUUAUGCGGUAUAUGUGAAUACUGGCCAGGAAUUUGAUGGAAGUGAUUCAGGUGCUCGUCCGGAUGAAGCUGUAAGUUGGGGUAAAGUCAGAAGUGAUUGUAGACCAGUCAAAAUAUACGCUGAUGCAACACUUGUUUUUCCGCUCUUAGUUGCAAAGACAUUUGCUCGCCACGUUCAGCAAAAGCAUUCGGAACUGCAAGAAGCAUGA